AUGCAUCACUCUAUUCCUGAGGCUUAGAUUGCUCACAGUUACACAAGACUGCAGAGCAUGUUGUGCUUCUAAAGGAUGUCUAUGGCCUUGUUUUCUCCUCCUUCCACUCAUCUCCCAUCCUUCCCUGCUACAGUUUCUGCAAAACCCACUUUCAACCAAAAGCCUUAUCUCUCUUUACCCUCCAGAAGAAAUCUGCUUUUGUUAUCCAGAAAGGCUACUGAUAAUGUAGCAGCAGGUGUGGUGGGUUCAGCUGCUGUUGUAGAAGAGGAGAAAGGGGAGAAGAAGAAGGAAGAAGCUUCUCCCACUGCUUCUGACCAGGAGUUGAAGAAGGAGGAGAGCUCUAUUGGGUCGAAUGGGGCCGCCUUGUCGGCGGUGACGGCUGUGCCUAAAUUUGAAGAUCCGAGAUGGGUUGGUGGGACUUGGGAUUUGAAGCAAUUUGAGAAAGAUGGGAAGACCCAUUGGGAUUCCGUUAUCGAUGCGGAGGUCAGGAGGAGGAAGUGGCUUGAAGAUAACCCAGAAUCAUCAAGAAAUGAUGAGCCUGUAGUCUUUGACACUUCCAUUAUACCCUGGUGGUCAUGGAUCAAGAGAUUCCACCUUCCUGAAGCCGAACUGCUUAAUGGUCGUGCUGCGAUGAUUGGUUUCUUCAUGGCUUAUCUGGUUGAUAGUUUAACUGGGGUAGGACUUGUUGAUCAGAUGAGCAACUUCUUCUGCAAAACUCUCUUAUUUGUGGCUGUAGUUGGGAUACUACUGAUCAGAAAGAAUGAAGACUUAGAAAACCUAAAGAAGCUUCUGGAAGAAACAACUUUCUAUGACAAGCAGUGGCAAGCAACCUGGCAGGAUGACACUGUCGAUGGCUCUAAGAAGGACUAGUUGUCUUGCAGUCUUUGAGUUUGUCCUCCCAAUUUCUCAUGUUCAUUUAGUUUUGGGAUUGUACCUCAUUGUAGUUCUUUUGGAUUUUGCAUAGAUGAAAGUGAGGAUUUGAUUCUAAGAUAAGAAUUUUCUUUUCCC